CUUCCUCUUUCUCCCCCCUCACCUCCCUUUCUUCCUACUUCCAUAUCAAUCCAUAUCUACAUACAUAUAUCUGUAUCUAUAUCUAUAUAUGUAUGUAAACCCCAUAGAUAAACAAAGAAAACCCACAAAUCUUGAAAACACCCAACUUAUAAAAUCAUGGCGGCUGAAUCUCUAACCACUUUGAUUGGUACCAAUCUUUCUAAUUCUGAAAAUCCAGCUCAAGAAUCUUUGGAUAAAUCCCCAUUUAGAAGGAUUCAAUUUCAUCCUGCAAGAAAACCCUUUAAUGGGUUCAAUAAAGGGGGAGCUGAUGAUGGUUUUCAGCUCGAAACGCUAAACCCGACGAAACCCGGGUCGAAAAAUGUUAGUGGGAAUGAAAAAACUGGUGGGUCGGAUUGUGUUGGGAUUUCGGGUAAGAAAAGAGAUGCUUUUGAAAUGGAAAAUGGGGUGGAUCCUGAACUUAGUUUUGGGAUUACUUUCAGAAGAAUUGGUGCUGGUUUGGAAAAUUUAGGGAAUACUUGCUUUCUUAACUCGGUGCUACAAUGUUUAACAUAUACUGAGCCUUUAGCUGCAUAUUUACAAAGUGGAAAGCAUCAAGUUACUUGUCGGAAAGCUGGAUUUUGUGCUUUAUGUGCUAUUCAGAAGCAUGUCAGUCGUGCACUGCAGUUAUCAGGAAGAUCAUUGGCACCUAAAGAUCUAGUUUCAAAUCUGCGGUGUAUAUCUAGGACUUUUAGAAAUUCAAGGCAGGAGGAUGCUCACGAGUACAUGGUUAACUUGUUGGAAUCAAUGCACAAGUGUUGCUUACCUACAGGAGUGCCUAGUGAAUCACAAAGCGCUUAUGAUAAAAGUUUGGUUCAUAAGAUAUUCGGUGGCAAACUCCGUAGUCAGGUGAAAUGCAUGCAGUGUAACUACUGCUCUAACAAGUUUGAUCCGUUCUUGGAUUUGAGUUUGGAAAUCUUGAAAGCAGAUAAUUUGUACAAGGCCUUUGCGAAUUUUACUGCCAAAGAACAGUUGGAUGGAGGGGCUAAGCAAUACCAGUGCCAGCAGUGCAAGCAAAAGGUCAAGGCUCUCAAACAGCUUACAAUUCACAAGGCCCCCAAUGUCCUUACGGUCCACUUGAAACGCUUUGGUUCCCAAAUGUCAGGGCAAAAGAUUGACAAGAAAGUCUUGUUUGGUUCUACAUUAGACUUGACACCUUUUGUCACUGGGCCAAAUGAUGGGGAUUUGAAGUACACUCUUUAUGGCGUUCUAGUUCAUGCUGGUUGGAGCACACAUUCUGGUCAUUAUUAUUGCUUUGUUCGGACAUCUAGUGGCAUGUGGUACUCACUUGAUGACAAUCGGGUCUAUCAAGUGAGUGAGAAGAAGGUUUUUGAGCAGAAAGCCUACAUGCUAUUCUAUUUUCGGGAUAGAAAAAUUGCUCCACUGAAGAAGACUUCAGAUGUUGUUCAUCAAAAAGAUAAAGCUGUGAUUAAUGGUACACUUGAUGGAUCCAGUACACCAAAAGAGGGCCAAACAAAAACUGGUCUAAGUAAUGGCUCAUUGAAUGUUCAAAAAUCUGUAGCUACUGUUGCUAUUGAAAGCGGCAGUCCCAUUCCUGUUGCACCAAAAGAGACUCAAAUGAAUACCAACUUAAUCAAUGGAUCAUUAAAUGAUCCACACUCUUUGGCUACUGUUGGAAUUGAAAGAAGUGGGAUCAGUUCUGUUGCACCAAAAGAGACCCAAACUAACACCAGCUUAAGUAUUGGAGCAUUAAGCAGUCACAAGACUUCUGUUACUGUUGAUACUGUGGGAAAUGGGCCCCUUGAUGGUGCACCUGAACAGACAUAUUCAAACACCAGUUUAACCAAUGGUUCACUAAAUGCCCACAAGUCUUCAGUUACUGUUGGUACCAGGGAAAAUGCUUCCAGUAAUGGUGCACCAGACCUGACCCAUACGAACACCAGUAUAAGUAACAUAGUAUCAAUCAAUCAGAAGUCUUCUUAUAUGGCUGGUAGCAUGACCGAUGAAAUCAGUAAUGGUGCAUUAGAACAGACCCAGAAGACAGAAGGUCCAGUUUUAAAUAGCAAUUUUGUGCCCAAUUCAGAAUUGACCACGAAGGGCAAAAGUGAACAUUCUACCAUCCAAAAUGCUACAACAGUCAGUUGCUGCAAGCCACUUACUACUUCUGUGGAUACUGCAAUUAAAAUGGAGAACCAUGCUAUGGAAGUUGGCGUGAGUGAAUCAUCUAGGGUCAAUAGUGGUCGUGAUGGUCAAAUCGAGGUGGUAGCUACUACAUUGCUGGAGCCAUCAGGUUUACCAAAAAUGGAAAGCUGUAUGGAGGAGAAAACUCUUGGCAGGAAAACCCAUAAAAAAGCAAAGAACUUCCUGAAGUGCAGGGUAAUGAGUAUGAAAUUCAGCUCAAAUGUUUUAAUGGGGACAUCAUUAAACCAGAGGAAGAAAAAGAAACAUAAGCAAAGCAAACGGUUGAAAAAUGUUUCUCAAGAGGACUUGGUCAAUGAAGGUCCGUCUACAUCAAUCAAUGUAAAACCACUGGAGCUGGUCAAACUUCCUGUUGAAAAUGGAUUCAAAGAGAACUCAGUUCUCGAAGGUUCUUCUGUCAAAAUUGAAGCACUGAAGGCAGUUAAAUGUCCCUUUGAAAAUGGAUUCAAAGAGAGGGUGAACAUAGAUGGUGCUGUGCUUGCAACAAGUGAUUGUAAUGGUGACUUGCAAAGAGAUGCACCUAAAGGAUCAAAUCAUUUGGAUGUUUGCAGGGGCGCUUCAAAACAAAAAGAUUUGGUUCGUAUGCUUACCAGAGGUUUGGAGGACAGAGUUGUCCCUCGUUGGGAUGAGGAGGAUUCAACACGAUCUCAGAGAGGAGAAACAGAACAUGAUCUCACCAUUGGCUACAUAGGAGAUGAUUGGGACUACAUAUACGAUCAAGGACGUAGGAAGAAAGUAAGGAUGUCACGAACACAAUUUGAUGGGGAAAACCCGUUUCAAAAUAUCGCAAACGAAAGGUUAAAAUCGCAUGCAGGAAAACAGAAGUCGAUUAAAGGACCUUCUACGAUGAUGAAAAAGCAGUUCAAUAAGUCACGAUCUGGUAACGGGCCAUGCAGGACGUGAUGCUAAAAUUGAGCCAAUAUUUUUUGCUUAUGAGAAUUGAGAACGAGAAUGGCCUGACAUAUUUACAAGGUAUCCUCUUAGAAAUUCUUUAUCUGAUUUGUAGAGUUUGUCCGAGUUCCUGAGGUGUGGGAGUAAUUUUUGUUUUGCUGUCUGAAGUUAGAGUUUCGAUUUAGUUAACGUGUUCUUGAUGAUGUAGUAGUCUUGAACAUGGUAAAGUUUAAUGUAUGUAAUUUGUUUCAAGAAGAGAGGAUAUUGAACUAAUGUACCUCUAAUGUUUGGACUUUUUCUGGGAUAUCUAAUCAAGAAUGAUUAAUAAGCAAAUUAUGGGAGGAAUUGUUAUUGAA